CAUGACGGCCAGCUGCACAGCUCCCCCGGCCCACAGCGCCCCCAAUUUUUAGCGCUAGCGGUCGACCACACACAGGUCCACUGUGAUGAACUGACAGGAUUCCAAGACUGCGAUCAUGACCAUGAUGUGUGAUGACUAUUGAUAUUAUGUUAUUGCCACACUGACAUCAUGUUCCGACUCAGCCUAAACCAUUCCUAUCCCAUUAGUGUUGCUUUUUUUGCUCUGCUGUCUCGGUUAACGGCUAUUUUGAUUCAGGUUGCGUUUGCUAAUGUACUACCUGACCAUCAGGCCGAUGCAUUUCAUCUGGAGCCUAUCGCAAACCCCUCAGCAUCCGACAGAUUUCUUCAUUUCCUCCUCGGCGGAUAUUCAAAGUGGGAUGCAUCCUAUUUCCUCCACAUCGUCCAGCACGGAUACACCGAGACGCAGAUGUUUGCAUUUUUCCCGCUCUUCCCAAGCGUCGUCCGCGUCUUUGCAGAAAUCAUUGUGCUCCCGUUACAACAGUUGUUAUCCUUGCGCAUGCACUUGUUUAGCAGUGUUUUGCUGUCUGCUGUCACCCUGAACAUCUUCCUGUUCUCUUGUGCGGCAGUAUUGCUGUAUCACCUAGGAGUUCGUGUGCUGUCUUGUCAACGGCUCGCAUACAAAGCAGCGCUGCUGUUCUGCAUCAACCCGGCCAGCGUGUUCAUGACGUCGGCGUACACAGAAUCUCUUUUUGCUUCGCUGAGUUUCGCAGGGAUGCUGGCGCUCGAACAUGACAAACUUUUGUGCUCUGCACUUUGUUUCGCAUUCUCGGGUGCGGCGCGAUCCAAUGGCAUCAUCUCAGUAGCGUUCCUCUUGUACUUUUCAGUGAAAAAGGGUGCUGCCUUAUUCAACGAUGUUGUUCAAUUCGAACGUGAAGAAAGCAGACUUAAGGCAACCGUGUUGUGGAAGAUGACAUGUUGUCAUCUUAGGGAUGUUCUUGGGAUUGCAUCUGUACUGCCACUAUGUUGCAUAAUCUUUCUUCCAUUUGUCUUGUUCCAAAUUUACUCGUUUAUGACAAUUUGUACCAGUGAGAAUGACAUUGUGUCUUUCGUGACCAGUUAUUUCUACGGGAUGACGAUACCUGUGCUAGACCACGCACCAUCAUUUUGUGAUGAGAGCAUGGCGAUACCUUACACAGCAAUCCAGUCUCAGCAUUGGAAUGUAGGCUUUUUGAAGUACUACGAACUGAAACAAUUGCCCAAUUUUCUACUCGCAUUGCCAAUGGUUGUCCUGUGCGUCGAUGCAGUCGCAACAUACUGUCGGAAGAGAUGGCAAUAUGUACGCGUGUUGGGGUUACUGGAGACGCCGCAGGUGCAGUUGGAGUAUAGGAGAAGCGUGCAAGGCAGGCCGUGGCUUGGUGUGUUCAGCAACAAGUCGUUUGUGUACAUCGUUCAUUUAGCAGCACUGCUUCUCUUCGGCAUCUCCUCUAUGCAUGUACAGGUGGUCACCAGAUUCAUUGCGUCCAGUUGCCCGGUGGUUUUCUGGUACGCGGCUUAUGUGACAAGUGACAAGAGCGAAGAAGUUUGUCGGCCUCGUGAGGAACAGGCCCAACACCAAGACACUGGCGGUAGACAGAACAUUAACGGAUUCGCCGGUAAUGACUCCUUGUUGGAUGUAAGCAAGAAUGCAUUGAUACUGCAGUUUAUGAGAUGGAAGGAGCAGCGUGUGGGCACAAGGCUUGUUUUAGGCUACUUUGCUGGGUAUUUCGUCGUCGGUAUUGCCAUGCAUUGUAAUUUUUUACCAUGGACAUAAUGACGUUUGUUGUACAUAGAAUGAGAUGUUUAUGAUCAGUGCAAUGGUAAGGAAAAUUUCCUGAGGUGAUGGAUGGAAUGUUCUAUUCCAUGAGGCUUUCCCUGCAAAUUGAAGUUAUAAAACAAAAAUUUGACUGCUUCACGUGGCAAAAUAAAACAAGCCUCCCGAGUUGA